GAAGGCAAUUUUCUAUCUCUUUUAUUUUCCUGUUUCCAUUUCCACCCUCGCACCGCAUCCACCGCGCCGCCGAGAGAGAGAGAGAGAGAGAGGGAGGACGAGGGUUUCAAGCGAAGCGAGAGAGAGGGAGGACGAGGGUUUCCGAUGGAGAACGGCGAGGAGACGUUCGCCUCCCCAACCGCGGCCGCCGCGGACUUCGAGUUCUCCACCAACGGCGGGGACGGCACGCCCAAGCUCCACGACGCGGCGGACGAGAUCGAGGCCCUCCGCGCGGCGAAGCGCGACCUGGAGGAGAAGCUCGAUGCCGUGGGCCACGAGAACCGGUUCCUGUCCUCCGAGUCCCGCCGCCUCGAGGUCCUCGUGUCCCAGGCCCGCGAGGAGGUCGCCGCCGCCGAACAAGCCGCCGCCACCAAUGAGAGCGAGGCCGCCACGCUCCGCGCCGAGGUCGAGCGCCUCCAGGGCCUCCUCGCCGCGGAGAAGGCUAGCCAUGAGGAGGAGAUGCGCAGGGGCGCGGGGCUCGGGGACCAGCUGCAGACCGCGUACCAGGAGAAGGCCGCCCUCGAGGAGGAGAUCCAGACCCUGAAGGGUUCCGCCGCUUCCGAUGGCAAGGGUGGGGAAGAGGAGGAAUGUGUUUCGGUUGCUGCUACGGCCGGGACGCCUAAGGAUGAGGGCGUGGUGCCUCCCGUACUGGUGGCUGCUGCGGCUGCUGGAGGAGCUGCCACGGCUGCAAUCGCAGUGGUCUUGCUCAACCUCAAGAGGUAAUCUGGUGGUCCGGUGCACGGGAAGUUUUGAUCUGCUGCUAUGGCCUAUAUGAGAAUGGAUUGUCUGUUUUGUCGUGCUACUAGUGUUACUGGACUCAGUAGUAGUAUCUUCACUAUCAGCUGGAUAAUAGAUUAGAGCGACCUAUAUCGCAAGUACCUCUACUUUCUGCAGUUUUCCAUGCUAAUAAGAGUUGUGAACACAAAUGAGAGAGAUAGUGAGUUCUGGUCUGUUCUUUUGAAGUUGCAUCUAAUUCCAGACUUCGAAUUAUUAUGACUUGGAUGGUUUGUACUGUUAUGCCUCGUGUCUCUAGUUGUUAUCUUUGUU